CCAUCCCUCCUCUGCCCUACCCCCCAAAGAAUUCGAAACUCCAUCCAUCAUGUCCCUCUCCCCAGCAUUCACCACAGCCCUUUCAAUCUUGCCCCAAGCCCUUCUCCCUCUCAGCAUCAUCCUGUCUCUCUCCCUCCUACCUUUCAAGGGCCGCGGGAUCCUAUGCACAGUCGUAAUCGCCUCCAUCGUGUAUCUCACGUUUGUUUCACCAUGGCCGUCUGAAGCGCAAAUGCGAUAUGGUAUUAUGAAUUCUUGGUUCUAUUAUCUUCCUGUUGUGCAGAAAUUGAUUUGUGGGGUUCCGGAAGAGGAGGUUUGGAGGGUUGGCGCCAGAUCUCAUGGGGGGAGGAUAGAUAGGAAAAGGGAGGCGGAUGAAGUAACCGGAACAGAGAAAGAAGCCUUAGAAAUGGGGUUUGGUUGGAAGAAGAUCCAAUGGGCGGCAGAACUAUACGCGAAUCCCAGGGGUGUAGGCUGGAACUUCAUUGUUAAAAGUAUACCUCCACCGAAAUACACGAACAGUCAGCGAACUCGAUUCCUCAUCCACCAGGUCGCCGGAUUCUGCCUUUCGUACCUCUUGGUGGACGCGGGUAUCGCGUUCGUGAACGCGUACGGUGUUGAAAAUGCGCUCAAUGGGUCUUGGCGGGAUAGGUUUGUUGUUGGGAGUGCGUACGCGCUUGUGAUUAGAAGUAAUUGGAAAUUGAUGUGGUAUUUUUGGAGCUUGAUUGGUGUUGGGAUUGGGGUUUCGAGGCCGGCGAAUUGGCCAAGUCUUUUUGGAAGCCUGGGGGAUUGUACGACGGUAGGGGGAUUUUGGGGGAGAUAUUGGCAGGGGAUACUUCACCAUGUUAGCUUGCUCUCCUCCCGUGUAUUCCUUGAAUUCUUUUGUGUUGCUAAUUUUUGGCUUCUAGUGCAUACUUGGCUACAGUAAGGCCUUAAUAAGAAUAUUGAGGAUUCCAAAUCAUACCACAUGGUCCUAUCUCACGCAUCUCUCAACUGGAUUCUUCAUCUCAGGCUUCUUCCAUGCACUAGCCCUCGGGAAUCUCAAAACCACACCACCAGUCCCAAAAUCCUAUCUCUACC